AUGUCGCCGGCGGACCGCCGGUGGCGGAAGGAUGGUUUUGCGGUGUUUAUUGAUGGCAUUGAGGAUGUUGUCACCUAUCAUCAGAUAAGGAAUGAAUUCAGACGUUUUGGCACAGUGGUUGGCGUCUAUUUGCCAUCACGACGAAAGCCUGGCCGACGAUUUCGUUUUGCUUUUGUCAGAUACGAGCAGGAACGAGAUGCUGCGGCAGCGGUACGGUGUAUGGAUGGUGCUUUUGUUUUGCAAUCUGUGUUGCGGGUCAAUAAGGCGAGGUAUGAAUCACGGAGCAGUCCCAAGAAGGUGUGGCAGACGAAAUUUCCUACGAGGUCUCCAAAAUGGGAAUGGCGACCUAAGCAAGGGGGAACACAUGAAGACGUGAAGGUGGCAGGUAACACUCAUAAGUCAGUGGCGACGCAGGAUGUGAUUCAUAACCUCUCAAGAGUUAAAAGAUAG